GUGUCGCUUUCGGAGCAGCAUGGCGGCCACCGAGGAUGAGAGGCUGGCGAGCGGAGAGGGAGAGCGGCUGGAUUUCCUGCGGGACCGGCACGUGCGGUUCUUCCAGCGCUGCCUCCAAGUCUUGCCGGAGCGCUAUUCUUCCCUGGAGACCAGCAGGUUGACAAUUGCGUUCUUUGCCCUCUCAGGCCUGGACAUGUUGGAUUCAUUAGAUGUGGUGAACAAAGAUGAUAUAAUAGAAUGGAUUUAUUCCUUGCAGGUUCUUCCCACAGAAGACAGGUCAAAUCUAAAUCGCUGUGGUUUCCGAGGCUCUUCAUACCUGGGUAUUCCAUUCAACCCAUCAAAGAGCCCUGGGACAGCGCAUCCUUAUGACAGUGGACACAUAGCAAUGACCUACACUGGCCUUUCAUGUCUGAUUAUUCUUGGAGAUGACUUAAGCCGAGUAGAUAAAGAAGCUUGUUUAGCAGGCUUGAGAGCACUUCAGCUUGAAGAUGGGAGUUUUUGUGCUGUCCCUGAAGGCAGUGAGAAUGACAUGAGGUUUGUGUACUGCGCUUCCUGUAUCUGCUACAUGCUCAACAACUGGUCAGGCAUGGAUAUGAAGAAAGCGAUCAGCUACAUUAGAAGGAGUAUGUCUUAUGACAAUGGGCUGGCACAGGGAGCGGGACUUGAAUCUCAUGGAGGAUCAACCUUUUGUGGCAUUGCAUCACUGUGCCUGAUGGGUAAACUGGAAGAAGUUUUUUCAGAAAAAGAACUAAACAGGAUAAAGAGGUGGUGUAUAAUGAGGCAGCAGAAUGGAUACCAUGGAAGACCUAAUAAGCCUGUUGACACCUGUUACUCCUUCUGGGUGGGAGCAACUUUAAAGCUUCUGAAAAUUUUCCAGUAUACUAACUUUGAAAAGAACAGGAAUUACAUCUUAUCAACUCAGGAUCGGCUCGUGGGAGGAUUUGCCAAAUGGCCAGACAGUCACCCAGACGCUUUGCAUGCAUACUUCGGGAUCUGCGGCCUGUCCCUAAUGGAGGAGAGUGGAAUCUGUAAGGUUCAUCCUGCUCUGAAUGUAAGCACACGAACUUCUGAGCGCCUUCAAGAUCUCCAUCAAAGCUGGAAGACCAAGGACUCUAAAGAGUGCUCAGAGAAUGUCCAUAUUUCCACUUGACUGACCCUGGGUCGUGGGUUUGUAGCGUAACUGUAGCUCAAGGUUAAAAGCCAUGUGUAACCAAGUGUGCUCUUUUUUAAGGGGUAGUCUUAAGUCAAAGCUUGUACUGCUAACACUGCAGGAUUGGUCUUGAUCCAGUAACCACUGUACUGGAUUUCAAGACCUCCUCAGGACUCUGUUGUGGCCCUUAAGUGUUUAUACCGUGUUUCUGAGAAGUUUCUUGGGGGAGAUCUGCUCUAUGUAUGAAUGUGUGUUAUCUUCUUAAAACCCUCCAGUACAAGUUCUGGCUUACAAAAUGGACAUAAUUUUUCAAGUUUACACUUCAUAUGGCAUUGAUAAUCUUGAGGUGAGCAUUUAGUGAUCACUUAAAAAUGUCUACUGCUGAUGGUAAGAAAUUUACUUUAUUUAAUUAAGUAUCUGAAUUAUUCUUUAAAAAUCGAUGCUCUUAUAAUUUUCUUCAAGAAUAACAUAUUUUGUGUUAUUCUUAAGAUGUGCCAACUAGACUUGUGUAACCUAAACGGAUGAAAUUAAAAGUUCAUAGUAAGGAAAAAUAGGCUUAACUAAUACUAUAGUUUUCUACAGAGAGAGUCUACAUAACUGAGGGAGAAGUGAUUGAACUGUGAAAUUAUGAAUGAGAAGGUUCUGUGUUGUGUGUCUUUAUUAGAGGUUCCUUGGAUGAGUACCUGUUUUGUUUUGUUUUAAUCCCAAAUCACUGGCUACUUUUUGUCCGGGGCAAGGGAGGAAAUAAUCUUGGCUAUUUAGAAACAAAGACAUUCGGUGAUCUAUUCUUCUGAAGUUCAUGACACUGUAAAUUAUACUUGUACAGUUCUUUUUAGUUCCUUGGCUGUUUUAUUUUCUUUUUUUUUUUUUCUCAAUAUUUUAUAGCCACUAUAGUUAGCUGCUUUAUCUCUCACUUACCAGGUUGAGCAUCUUUAACCCAAAAUUUAAUAUCUGGCCAGGUAGUGAGGCAUAUGCCUUUAACUCAGCACUCAGGAGGCAGAGGCAGGCAGAGCUCUGUGAGUUCAAGGGCAGCUAGAACUACAUAGUGAGACCUUGUCCGUCCGCCCCCCCCCUCAAAAAAAACAGCAGCAACAAAAAUAAUAAAAAUUCAUUAUCUGAAAUGGUCCAGAAUCUAAAUUUUUUGACUGUUAGUAUGACACAGUUGGAAAAUUCCACCACUUCAUACAGCAGGUCUCAGAUGAAUAUCAGGGACACGGUAAAUAGUGUGUAAAGCUGCUUGAAACUACUGAGUAAAAGGUAUGAAAUAAAUGCAUUCCGUGGUCAGGUGCAGGUCCCAUCCGCAAGAUAAAGUGUAUAUGUAAAUGGUCCGAAAUCUGAAAACAGAAUCUAACAUCUGAAACAUUACUUUUAGUUCCAUGCAUUCUGGAUAGUGAUACUCAGCCUGGAAAUGAUUUUCUAAUGUUUUUAAGUUUGAUAAAUCUUUAACUACAAACAGAACCACGAAAGUAUACAUAAUCAUUUUUAUUUUUCUAUUUUUGACUAAGUGGGAAGAAAAUAUAUCCAUCUAGAGGGGAUAAACUAUGGUUUUACUUAUUCAUUGUCUUAUCUUAAUUCUGUAAACUAACAACCAAAAGAAGUUGGUGUAAAAUCAUUAGCAGUCAACUCGUCAUUAAAUCACAGCCAUGACUCGGUGACAGGAGGGGAAUCUCUUCACUUAGAGGAAAUGGAUGUGUUGGUCUUGCUAAUAAUAAAAGUUAUAUCAUUAAUCUGCAGACAUCAUUGUAAAAGCUAAAUUAUUAGUGUUACUGGGUAGAUAAUAACAUCUUCAUUAUUAACUAAAGAGACAUUUCCUAAAUAAUAAUUCUAAAGGGAAACCUGCCAUAUGAUUAAAAAUAAUACAUCACUUGUUGGCAUGCUUAGUUUUAGGAUUGAGUUUGCAAAGUCCACUAACGCAGUGCUGGGAGUCCAGCUGAUGGCCUGACUCCCUGGCUUUGAUCCUUGGCCCCAAAACUAACAAACCAACCAAGUCGUCUUUAUAAAUCAGUCUUCCAGUGGUGGAGAGAAAAGCUUCACCAACAUUGUCAUCCCAUGAGUUGUCCAGUUGUUUCUGUUUAAAUCCAAGCAAAUAACAACAAUCCUGUCUCAGCCUGAGUUAUCUCUUAAACAUUAAGAACUGAAACAGCAAUAUGGAAAUUCUCUAGGUGUAUAGCAGAAGCCAAUGUUUUUCCUGAGUUGCUGUCAGUUAUAGAAGGUAAGAAAAUUGGUUAUUAAUAAGUAGAAGAUUUAUAACAUAAAAGUAAUUUAUAUUUUCAAACUCCUUGAGUAAUUUAUUGGCAAAGGAAUAUUAAUGGCAGAAUAAUUUUACUAUACUCUAAGAGGCAAGGUUCCACGUGAUACUUUAUGGACCAGUGAAUGUUCGUGUUUCAUAGAAACAUAUCAACCAAAAAAUGUUGAGUUGUUUUGAAGUACGGAAAAACUCUUUCUAGCUUUUCCUAAAUAGUUGUGUCUAAGAAACUGUUUACUAAUAGAGUGAAUUCUGAGCACUGUUUUACAUAGAACCUGUUCUCUAGCAGUAGUGGCAGUAAGAGGAGAAGCAUGAAGUGAGGAUGUGCAGCACCGUUCCCUCCCAGCCGGCCUCUCUCCAUUUCCUUAGUGUACUUUCGAAGAGUAAUAGCAAGAAACAUUUAUUUAUCGCCUACAGUUUUAGGUUUGACCUGUAAUACUUGUUUUUAUUAGACUUUAAAAUUGGUAUUUAUAAGUAAUAAAGUUCAGAUAUAAAUUUUACUGACAGUGGUGAUAAUUUGAAGUGUCAGACCUGAUACUAUUUGAUAAACAGAGUGAUGGAGGUUGUCUGAAGCAGGGUGAGUUGAGGUUUAUACCACAUAUCUGCCCGUGAGCUGCAUGAUCUUAAACCCAAUUUUCCCUGUUGGUAAAAUGAAGUAAACAUUAGACUAAUUUCAGUAGGCAGAUUCAGGAUUAAAUGAGAUAGUAUAUUAAAAGCACUUUUUCUAAUUAUAGUUUCAUAUGACCAUAAAAGUGUUUUUAAAAAUUUCUUAUAUAAUAGAAAUCUUAACAGGGUUUAAACUGAAGGAAGAUGCUGCCAAGAGAGUAGCCUUUUUAACUUUCCCAAUAAGUAACAGAAGGAAUAUCAAGUAUAGCCACAGUCAUUGCAAAACUAGGUGACAGGUGGUACCAGCCUGAGCCUCAGCAUACAAUGAAAGAACAAAUGUGACGUGUGUGGUUUUGGCCAGCAUAGUUUCACCUCUACAGAGGAUCGAGGAGGAAAGCAGCCCGGUUCUGAAGCCCUGCAAAUCGGAGAACUGUGGUAUUGCCAUGUUCUCACUGCAGAGGGCAGUGGGCAAUCUGAAAAUGAAGGCUGAAACUCGACAGAGCUGUACAGAAUCCUGCCAGUGAUCUGGUGAGUGCGGGGCAGUGGAAGAUGUGUUGGUCAUAGUAGAUAGGACAGCCUGGCCUGAUCUGUGUGCUGUUUGAAGUUAGGGAAAGCACAGCACUGGGAAGAAACUAGUAGAAUUAGAAUCCAAACUGGACAGGCUAGGCAUGCGACAUAAAGGAGAGAUAGCUAAAAUAAGUAUUGGGAGGAAAGGCCCGUAGACACAGAUGCAUAAAUAUAGGCAUGUUCAAUCAUUUAAAUCACAGGAAAAGGAAGGGUACUGAGAAGAUAGAGCCACUUUGGAGCCACUUUCUAGAGCAACUCUUCCUUCUAAACAACAAUUUAACCUAAAGAAAAAAACAGGUGAGCAUUCGGUUCCCAGAAUUAGAGUGAACCAGACCAAGGCCCAUGAAACCUAACAGCAGGGCAUGGCAGCAGCAUAUAGUGUCUGCAGUGACACACAUUGUCUCAGAACUGGGGCAAGGAAAGCAGCGAAGAAAUAUGUAUAGCUCAAUAAAAACAAUUAAAAAAAGAAUUGGAGCACGAAGCAAAAUGAAACCAAGCAGAGGAAGGAGGCAAAACAAUAAUGCAAAAGCCAUUUAGUCUUAAGUCAAGAAAUGCAAAGGCUCCUUUGGCAUGGUCGGAAUCCUCAGGGAAAUGACCCAUCAGCUAACGUCUUUAAGACAGAGGAGGAGCAAGCAGGAAAACAUAAGUGACAAAGGGAAGGGCCACUAAACACAACUGAUUGCCAGUUGUCUUAGGAUUCUCACACAAAUUCAAAGGAAGUUUUUAGAGAAAAAUGCAAAUUGAUAAAAUUCAAUGCAGAGAAUACAGCUACCAUAGGAAAAUGCAAACAAAAGAUCAUUGUACAAUCUUGUAAGACUGAAGAAUCUCAACAUUGCUUUAAUAAUUCCAGAAGCCAGAAAAAGGAUCUUGAAUCUCAAAUUGCUGCAUAAAAGGAAAAUUUUCUUAUGUUUACUUUGUAAAGUUGAUAAAAUGACAUAAAUUUAAAAACACAACAAAAAUUAUGGCAAAAAAGCAAAUUCUGGGCCAUUCAGGCUUACUAGUAUCUCCACAGACUGGGGCGAUAGCUCUUUUGGCGGUGUUUGCCACUCAGUCACAAAGACCUGAGCUUGAUCCCCAGCACCCAAGGCAAAAGCCAAGCUUGAUAUUGCGCACUUGUUCGCAGCGCUGAGAAAGCAGAAACAGGCAGAUGCUGGAACCUGUCGGCUAGCCAGCCCAGCCUAAUCGAUGAGCCCCAAAUCCCCCAACAACCCUUUCUAGAAAUAAGGUGAGGCAGGGGAGCUCUUUCAGUUGGUAGAGGCUCUUGCUACACAAGCCUGGCAACCAAAUUAGAUUUCCUAGAAUCCAUGUAAAGGUGGAAAGAGAAAACCAGCUCCACAGAGUUGUCCUAUGGCCUCGUGCAUGUCAUGACAUGUAUACCCAUACACACUAAUAAUAAUACAUCUUAAAACCUGAAGAGAACAGGAUCAUCUACUUGAAAAACCCCAAGGUAUUAUUUUGAGACACCAAACCGUAAGAGAACCUAAGUAGCAGCGGUCGUUAGCGUGCAGGCAGCGCGAGGACUGCGUUUUCACAGUCCCACAAGACGGAGCCCAGUGUUGUCAGAAAUCACCUUCUUCCAGCCAGGUCCGCUGUUGUGAGCUUUCCAUAAGUGCGACUGUAUGGUGUAUACACUGUGUCUUACUUGGCUUCUUUGCCCUAGAAGAGAAUACAAGGGCUCUCUGGUGCUGAUUACAUAGGUGCAUCCAUUUUAUGAAUAUUUACCAAGCUGUACCAUCAAUCAUGCUUUGUGCACUGUUCUGUGUAUGUAAAUACAACUCAAUAAAAAUGUUUAGUUAAAAAAAAGACUACAUAACUAUAUCUGCAUAAAUCCAGGCCAUUUGGACGACACACCUCUAGAUCUCUGUCUGUGAUUACUAAACCAGGAGACUCACGUGUGAACUCAAUCAGACUUGUUUAAAACACCUCCAUGAGAAAAUCCUGCUUUGGAAAAAGAAAACUCUUGGAAGGCAACAGACUCGAAUAAGUGUGUCCUUACUGUUAAUAGGAAGACAGCAUGAAAACAGUUUUCUUGCGUUAGUUUGUAAAUUUAAUGCCACUGCCAUAAACACUGUGCUCGCUGAAUGAGAGAACGUAUUAGACUGUCCGUUAAAACUGAGAAAGCGAGAAGAAACCAGCCCUGCCAGACACAGAACUGAGUAUGUGCGCGCUUUGCUCAGGCAGGCCCAUGUCUACACAUUUAUAUUAAGCGCAGAAAUGGAUGCUGUGCUUUGAGGAUCUUCCAGUGUGUUUGUAAGUCAUAGGAAAGACACUCUUUAUGAUACGUUCAUACAGUGUGACACUUACACAGGUGUUAAGACACACAGUGAUGUUUGUGAUAUAUUGCUAAGUGAACCAAAAGUUUGGUAUUAAAAACUAGUUGUGUAAACAAGGAAAAUGAAACGUUAGAAUAGUCCCAGCAGCACAUUAGAAUAAAGGCAGCAUCUGAAAUCAGUGAGAGAGGGAACUUUUAACUAAGUACCUAGUUACCUAAGUAACUGUGUAAUUGUUCACAUAUUUACACAUUCUUCAUAGCUUCAUCUGUCUCAAACCUCUGCAUGUGCACUAUACACCAAGAUAUUGUAUAUUCUGUAUUGUAAAUUUCAGUCAUUCUGUGAUACGAUGUCUCUCAAUAUGUGGAUUUUAACAGUUGUGACAAAUAAGUUGCUGUAAGGUUCUUGAGAAUGUAUUUCCACACUACCUAUUUGUGUGUUCCUUUUAGGUGAGUUUGUGAAUAUGGAAUUGUUGGGAUAAACUUUUGCACAUUCUAAAUUCUGGUAGCUCUUGGCAAGUUGCUGCCUAAGAAAGCCUUGCUUCCACAGCUUCUGUGAAAGGAAUCUGCUAGUCAGGUUCUCUGUGGCAUCGGGAAAGACUGGUGGCUUAUUCCUUGUCCUCAUCUUGUACCUUAAUCUAAGAGUCGCUGGCAUUAGGUCUGUAUUCCCAGCAAUGGUUCCAGCACUAGAGCACAUGCCUUCCAUGUGUGUUCU